AUGGGCGAUGCGAAAACAGCGCAGCUUCUUCAGAACACAGUGGUUGACACCGUGGAGAAGGCAACAAGGAUCAUUCCACUGCCCGGCGGCGGCGGGAGUCCCGUACCACUGCCCGGCGGGAGUCCCGUACCAGUUCCUUUCUCGGCGAGCUGUACUCGUCCAGGUGCAUCAUUCUCAUUCACUGACAAUCACUUCGUCCUCAGGUUUGACACUCUGAGUUGCACUUUGGAAAUUGCGGGCGUAAGGAAAAACCUCUUCAGCGUCAAUUUCGGUGAACAUCGCGUGAGGAUGCCCGAUCUGUUUUUAGGCGACUCGCUUCGGGCAAUUGAGUCUACACCCUGGCGUGAAAUCAAAUCAAUGCUUCGGAUGCACACCGAUCUGUUGAUCACUGCCGACUGCGACACAAACAACAUGUUCAACUGCAUGGCCAGACGUGUAGCAUUCGAUGUCCUGCGCAUGGAGCCCCUCAUUGACUUGCUGCCGAAUCAGGUAAGGAAAGUUGCUCGGGCAACUGUGGAGCAAGUCGACAGCCUCAUCAGCAUGUCUGACAUCGUUGUGAAUGCGGGCCAGGAGGCAGUCCAGAGGGUGUUCAGCAUGAUGACGGAUCUUCUGAACACAGCCAACUGCGAUCGGAGGAACACCUUCGACUGCAUGGCAGAACGCGUCUUUCACCAUCUGUCGCAGCCGUUGCACACUGUUGUCAAUGCGGGUCAGGAGAGCGUCCACAGGGUGUUCAGCAUGAUGACGGAGCUUCUGAACACAGCCAACUGCGAUCGGGCGAACACUUUCGACUGCAUGGCAGAACACGUCUUUCACCAUCUGCCGCAGCCGUUGCACACUGUUGUCAAUGCAGGCCAGGAGAGCGUCCACAGGGUGUUCAGCAUGAUGACGGAGCUUCUGAACACAGCCAACUGCGAUCGGGGGAACACCUUCGACUGCAUGGAGGAACACGUCUUUCACUAUCUGCCGCAGCAGUUGCACACUGUUGUCAAUGCAGGCCAGGAGAGCGUCCACAGGGUGUUCAGCAUGAUGACGGAUCUUCUGAACACCCCGGACUGCGACAGAGGCAACGUUUUCGAAUGCAUGGCCCAACGCGUGGCACGCUACGUCAUGCAGUUCGAGCCGCCGCUGAACUUCAUGCCCGGUCCGGUUGGCGUUCUUGCAGGCUCGAAUGUCCACUCCGUGCAGAGCUUGAUGGCCAUGGGGAACGACCUGAUGCAUUGCCAAAACUUCGAGUCCGGUCAUGAAGUCAUGAGAUGCCUAGGCUUCAAGAUCAUCGAGCGGGUACCUCCUCUGAGCUACUUGAACCAGCUAGGUGACGUCAUCAGUGAGCAUCUCGAGACCUUCGCUAAGGCGGCCACUUCUAUGGCAAUGAAGGCUUUACGGGGAGGCACUUCCCUCAUCCAGAAGGCCAGUGUGUCCCAAUUCCCGCCCAUCGGAAACUUGCCGGUGCGGCACCAGCAGGGGAAUCUGGUUGUGGAGGUGCACUCGCAGAAGAUGCAUCCCUCCCUUUUGCAGGUGCUUUCAGCACAUGAGCAGCGGCAGAAGGAGGUCCUUGACUCGGAUGUGCCAGUGAUCAAUUUUGAGGCUGGCGACGACGUCCAGGCCACGAAUUUGAUCACCCAGUUCAGUGGGAGGGAGGCCGAUUCGGGCUCUUGCCUGGCUUUUGCUCCUCGAACCAAGAACGGGGCCCAUGUUGGCAACCACCAGGAGGCGACGAAAGAGGACUGGACGUCGGCAAAGAAGGAGGACUUCGUUCAGCUGGAGCCAUGGGCGGUGCCCUGCGACAACACCUGGAUGAAGGAGAACUGGAACAAGUGGCAGGGGUACUCCUUCUACACGGGCGAGCAGGCCGUCGAGAAGUGUUUGACAGUGAAGUUCGCGCUGAACGUCCAGCCUGUAGUGUCCGCCAUCGUGGGCUUGAGUUUCGACCUUCUGCCGGACGAGCUUCUCGAGGUGAUCACCACGGUGUGUUGGCCGAACCAGAUGCCUGGUGGCCUCGACUUGUCCGUCCUUCGCGCGGAGAUCAAAACCGCCAACUCCCUGCUCUUCAGCCGGACCCUAAGGCUUGCGAAGCGUUUCGGUGAUGAUACAGACUUCUCCAAGCAGAACCUGGGCACCGGAUACCAAACCUGGAGAUCCCCGCUUGGUAUCGGCAAGGGGGAGAGCCGUUCUGCGAUUGAAGCCAUGUCGCUUGUGGACAGCAACCGCAGUGAAGUCAAAGGCGCUGGUGCAAAGACUGAGUCCUGGUACUGGAGGACAGAGCCCGAGGAAGUCUACCUGUCUUCCAUCGACUAUGGUGACUCCAUGGAGCCCAACAGGACCUGGGAGGUGCGAGGAGAGGAUGCUAUGCUUCGAUUGAGCGAAAUGCAGGAGGCUCGAAGGCAGAACCAGGAGGCGGAGGAAGUCAUCGAGCUCCUUAGCUUGAAGGUGGAUUCUGAAAGGUCGAACUUCCACAUCCAAGGCCUCCUCGACGGCAACAUCGUCCAGUUGGGUGUGCAGAUGGGUUUCGGACCCUUCCAGAGCCCAAGUCGGAGAGUUCCUUUGGCUGACAUCGGAGUGCAGUUUGCUGCCGUCCUGACCGCCAUCCCGUGGAUUUCCGUCGACACGAAGAAGACGGCCAUCAAAGCUCUGAUGGACUUCUGGCCAGGGCACGACGAGCUGACCGCCGAGCUUGUGAAGCCCGAGCCAGCUGACAAGUCUUCCAUGGUGGCCUGGUUUAAGAGCGAGGAUGCCAGCUCAUCUUGGAAAAGUGCCGUGGGCAGCUGGCAGGCUGGUGUGACGAGGGGCAGCCCCACCAGAAAAGUUGAUGCCGGCCACGGCGCCACAUUUCCUGUUGCGUACCUCACCGGCGACGCCCACACCGGAAUUGACUUCGGCGUGAUCAUGAAGCCCGACUUCACGAUUUGCUCGGUCACCCGCUAUCUCGGAGGAACAAAUAAGCGAAUUCUCCAGCACAACCAGCCCAACUGGCUUCACGGCCACUGGGGGGGAGCGGUGGGGGUUGCGUUCUACAACACCGACUGGGUGUACAAGCACGGGUGGGGCAAGCCCCAGACGGACUGGCUGGUGAUGUGUGGCAACAGUGCAGGGGCUAUUUUCCGGGGUCAGGAGAUGAAGAACAUCGGAGAGGGGAACGUGGGGAAGGCAAACGGAGACUCUCACUUGUACAUCAACGACGGCCAUUAUACUGAGUCCUCGGACUUUGGUGUCAUGGAGGUCAUCGUUUGGAAUCGGGCACUUUCGGAUGGCGAGAUGUUGACCAGCAUGAAUUACCUGAACUCCAAGCUAGGGCCCCUUCCGCCACAGCCAGCUGAUCCGUCUUCCCUGGUCGCCUGGUUCAAGAGCGAGGACGCCAGCUCAUCUUGGAAAAGUGCCGUGGGCAGCUGGCAGGCUCGCGUGACGAGGGGCAGCCCCACCAAAAAGGUUGAGGGAGGCCACGGCGCCACAAGUCCGGUUGCACACCUCACCGGCGACGCCCACACCGGAAUUGACUUCGGCGUGAUCAUGAAGCCCGACUUCACGAUUUGCUCGGUCACUCGCUAUCUCGGAGGAACAAAUAAGCGAAUUCUCCAGCACAACCAGCCCAACUGGCUUCACGGCCACUGGGAGGGAGCGGUGGGGGUUGCGUUCUACAACACCGACUGGGUGUACAAGCACGGGUGGGGCAAGCCCCAGACGGACUGGCUGGUGAUGUGUGGCAACAGUGCAGGGGCUAUUUUCCGGGGUCAGGAGAUGAAGAACAUCGGAGAGGGGAACGUGGGGAAGUCGAACGGAGACGUUCACUUGUACAUCAACGACGGCCAUUAUACUGAGUCCUCGGACUUUGGUGUCAUGGAGGUCAUCGUUUGGAAUCGGGCACUUUCGGAUGGCGAGAUGUUGACCAGCAUGAAGUACCUGAACUCCAAGCUCUCUGGGCUGGCUUUGUACGAGUGCUGCAGGCAGGGCAGUGAUGUGACCUUGGUGUCAAUGCCUGGACGAGGAUGGCCUUUAUUGGAGGUCGUAGCUUCACUGCUGGUCGCCAGCGACGGCUUCAACCGGCAACUGCAAUGCAGCCGGGACUGGAAUGCAUCCAACGUGGUGCCCCUCUGCCUGCCCUGCGCGGUGCCCGAGGGGAUCGACACCUGUAUGUACGACUUCUCAGGAUGUGGCUUCCUCCCUUCUGGAUCUAUCUGCGAAAUUCACUGCAAGGCACCGUAUCUGGGCAACAGCACAAUAGCACGCUGUGCUUCGAAUAACCUACAAGAAGGGCUACCGCUGGAGUGGACGGCACCCUGGUGCAGCUUCAGCGACUGCCCUUACCCAACUGAGCUUCCACAAGGCUAUGUGCGAGAUGCACAAGGAAACGUGCACUGCGCCGACGGCUACAAAGGUCGUCCAGUGCGGCGCUGCAACACAGAUCCGCAGGACGACUGCGCCAUUCGUCCAGCAGAUCUCGUUGGGUGCGAUCUUAUUGUGGGGUGCCGCUUCACGGAGGAGCAAGACUGCCAGCGCUUGGAUUACCAAGAUUGCCUGGAGAUGGCUCCGGGCGAAGUCUGCCGGGCGCCAUGCGUGGAACCCUACGUGGGCUUGGGCCAUGAGCUCCGGUGCCCUGCGGACAACACGCAGCCGGGGCGUGAGCCUGACAUCGGAGAAGUUCAGUGCGACCUGCCUUGUCCUCCUCCGGAUCCACUGCCCUACGGCUAUGUGAACACAUCUGACGUCUGGGAAUGCGCUCCAGGCUACGCCGGUACCGCGCAGCUGAUCUGUGUCUUUGAUGGAGCUCCCUUCUGCCAGCGGCGUGUCGAACUGCAGGGGUGCUAUCCGCUGAUGCCAUGCGCAGACUUCGAGCUGCCGCAGGACUUGGCGCGAGAUCCUUGCAUCUACAACCUCACCGAGUGCAGAGGCGUGCUUCCCGGAGAGCGAUGUCAGAUGAACUGCCUUCCGCCCUUUAUUGACGGCGGCAUCCCACGUUUUGCUCGAUGCCCUGGAUUGAACGUGAACCCCUUCCAAGAGCUUCUUUUCGACGAGCUGCCACGGUGUAUCAUGGCGUGUCCAGAUCCGGCAACCUUGCCGGAGGGCUAUCGGCGAGAAGAUCUUCCUGGGAGCAGUGAGUCGCAAUGGCGAUGUGAUGAUGGCUGGGUUGGCGAAGUCAACCGAACCUGCCUGCAUUUUUCGAACUGCUCUUUCCAGGUACUUUUUGAUGGCUGCAGGCGAAAGUUGCCCUGCAUGCCGCUCGCCGUGGGUGACGGUGAGAACUGCAAGAUGGACUUGACUCCUUGCGAAGCCGUGGAGCCGGGCCUCAGCUGCGAGGUGACGUGCCGGGCGCCCUACGAAGGCAGCAGCACCACGGCGACCUGCACCCCCGACAAUAUCGAUCCCAUGAGGGAGCUGGAAUUCACUGCGCCAAUCUGCCAAGCAGAAUGCGAUCCUUAUCCACCUGGCUACAUGCGGACAGCAGCAGGCUGGGGCUGUGCGCCGGGGUAUAACGGCCUUGCACGCGCUGAUCGAGCAGACUGUGGUGAGGUGCUGCAGCUGUCCGGCUGCUUGCCGCUGCAGCCUUGCCUUCCUGCCCAGGAUCAUCCUUGCCUUUUGGACACCUCUGACUGCGCGAGCGUUUUUGCAGGAGGCAGCUGUGUUGUGCGCUGCCCCGAAGGCGUCUACGAACCGGAUUCGGCGGUUGCGAUCUGUCCAGAGGGGAAUACUGACCCCAUGCAGCCUUUGAUCUUUGACCUGAGCUGCAAGCCCAAGUGCAUCGAGCCGGAGCCAAUACCGGUGGAGUACGAGAAGGAUCCAGAGGAGGGCUGGGUCUGUGCCGAAGGUUUCGUCGGCAACGCAUCCACGGAGUGUGAGGUGACCUAUCCCCUUGAGUUUGUUCCCAACUGCACGGCGGUGCUCAACCUAACAGGUUGCACAAAGCUGGAGCCUUGUGGGACACUCGCGGUGGAGGAUGCAGAGAUGUUCGAUGCGUCGCAGUGCCAAGGAUGA